CCCAGAUGCAGCCGGCGAAGCUCCCUGCAGCACUGCAUUGGCUUGCUGCUCCAGCAUGACAUCAGGAGCGGGGAGCCAGGGCGCAGGCGCAGGCGCCGGCGGCGGGGCGGGGGCGAGAAGAUACAGGAGGCAGAGCGCGGCGCUCGCCAGCAUCCCCAUCGCUUCGGAGCGACUCCGGUGUGUCCCGGCCCCGCCCGGCCGCCCCCUCCGACGGCCAGUGAGCCCAGGGACCCCCUCCUGCCCCACGCCCGGCACCAUGUCUGCGGGAGGAGACUUCGGGAACCCCCUGCGGAAAUUCAAGCUGGUUUUUCUGGGGGAGCAGAGCGUUGGGAAGACGUCCCUUAUCACAAGGUUCAUGUACGACAGUUUUGACAACACAUAUCAGGCUACAAUCGGAAUUGACUUCUUAUCAAAAACCAUGUACUUGGAAGAUCGGACAGUCCGAUUGCAGCUCUGGGACACGGCGGGCCAGGAGAGGUUCCGAAGCCUGAUCCCCAGCUACAUUCGUGACUCCACAGUGGCCGUGGUUGUCUAUGAUAUCACAAAUCUUAACUCCUUCCAGCAAACAUCCAAAUGGAUUGAUGAUGUCAGGACAGAAAGAGGAAGUGAUGUCAUCAUUAUGCUAGUGGGCAACAAGACAGACCUCGCAGACAAGAGGCAGAUAACAAUUGAAGAGGGAGAACAGAGAGCCAAAGAACUGAGUGUCAUGUUUAUCGAGACCAGUGCAAAGACAGGCUACAAUGUAAAACAGCUGUUCCGACGUGUCGCCUCCGCACUGCCCGGCAUGGAGAGCAUUCAAGAGAAGAGCAAAGAAGGAAAUGCUGAUUGCCUGGGAGGAAGAUUGAAGCAGGCUUUCUAAUGCUACAGGGCCAAGACAUCUGGGGUUGCACCUGCCAGCAGGGAUGCAUGGCCAAGACAGCUGGGGUAUGCACUGAUUCAGCAUGUCCCCCAGGUAGCCGCUGUGAGCAGGGCUCCUGUGGAGAUCCUAGUGGAUUUACAGCUCCUCCAAAGCAGCAG